UGGAACGUCUUGGACGGAGCGUCGACGCAGUGGGACGAUAUCUAGGCAAAGCUAGAGAAUAUUCGGAAGAAGCCACCGGCGUUCUAUCCGCCAGCUUUCUCUCCUUCGGAGGACGAAGCCUCUCUUCCUAAAGACAAGAAGUGGAUCGACGAGCAGGACCUCGAAGAUCUCGAAGACGAUUCCGAUCUCGACGACGAUCGAUUCCUCGAGAAAUACAGGUAAGGAAAGUAGAAAGUUCGACUCUCUGAAUUGAGAGAAGCAGCUAAGUUUGCGAGGUUUGGAUCGGUGGUUCCUAUUUCAGGAUCAGAUUUUGUGCGUGAGGUUUCGUAGGCUCCGCCUGACGUUUGGGUGGUUGUGAUUCUCUACAAAGAAGGAAUUGCAGAGUGCGGGUUGUUGAUGCAGUGUUUGGAAGAUCUGGCAACCAAGUACCCCGCAACAAAAUUUGUCAAAAUAAUAUCCACAGACUGCAUACCUAACUACCUGGAUUUUAACCUUCCUACACUUAUAGUGUACAAUAGUGGCGCUGUGAAAGCCAAUCACGUUGGGUUGCGCAGCUUUGGUCGGAAAUGCACUUCUGAAGGUGUUGCAUUACUUCUCUGCUAAUCAGAUCCCGUACUUAGUAAUGGGCAAAGUGGUAAUGGUCGAUCAAGGGAAGCUGUGAUCGAAUGAGUUCGCAAGAGAUUCAUAGAGAAAGUUGUGAUACAACACGAAGAUCACGAUGAUGGCUACUCAAGUGAUUAG